AAUGUUGAGGAACGGUUAGGUUAUUUUUAGCAGCCGAUAGUGCGAAAGAACGUGCCAUACCACUUGUAUAUCUAGCAUCACUUUAGAUUUUAAUUGUCUAGCCUUUUGAUUGCAUUUUAUUAGCUAAGCAAUACGGGACAUCGAGCUAGUCAGUCAACCAACCAACGUUUGAUCUUUGAUAUUAGCCUUGCCUAUGCUAGCUAGCUCAGCCAAAGUCAAAGAAAGAGUCCAACAUUGCCCAUGUCAUGGCAUGCUCACGGCGUGAGCGGACUGUGUGAUUCAGAAUGGGGGAAAAGCCGAUUUGGGAACAGAUAGGAUCCAGUUUUGUGCAACAUUACUACCAGCUCUUUGACACGGACAGGACCCAGCUUGGAGCAAUAUAUAUCGAUGCAUCAUGCCUUACAUGGGAGGGACAGCAAUUCCAGGGAAAAGCAGCGAUUGUCGAGAAACUUUCUACUCUCCCCUUCUUAAAAAUAGCUCACAGUAUAACAGCACAAGACCACCAGCCCACACCUGACAGCUGUAUAAUGAGUAUGGUAGUAGGACAAUUAAAAGCUGAUGAGGACCCCAUCAUGGGAUUUCAUCAGAGUUUCAUCCUGAAGAACAUUAAUGAUGCCUGGGUAUGCACCAAUGACAUGUUCCGGCUCGCGCUGCACAAUUUUGGCUAAGGACACCAGAAGUGGGCAGAGUGGAUAUAAGGGAAGGCUGAGGAUGGGGGAGGUCUUGCAGAGACACCUAAACGCCCAACCUCCUCUCUGUAUCAUCCAUACCUGUUUGAGAAAUUACACCGGAUUCCAGAUGUCAAUCACAGAGACAUGCAGGCACAUAGGCUACAUGCCUUCAACUGAAAUGAGAUCUGUUCCUUUGCUGAGAGUUCACAGAUCCAUCAGAGUCCCUUUCCCCACGCUGACCUGCAUGAUGCUGGGGAGCUUAAAUAUCUGAAGAUGGCAGACAAGGAAAAAAAGUACCAAUUUACCUUCACCAUUUUAGUUUUAUGUUCGGACUCGAUGUCUUAUAUCCUCAUGUUUUCUCACCGUACUCCCCUGUGUGUUAUCAGCUUGCCUUAUUGUAUACAACUAAAUCUCUUUUUAAAAGUUUAAUUUAACAUUCAUUGUUGUCAGGUUGCUCUAGCAAUCCAAAUAAUCAUAGAAAAUAUUAUCAAUAACAUCCUUAGACCAGCAAGCUUCCCAUUUCCUCCUCAUGCUCUCUGUGACAAUGAAUACAAAAGCCAUGAUACACAAUAAACCGUUUACUUUUUCUUAAUGUGA